GCCAGGAUGGCGGCCCAGGUGACACUGGAGGAUGCGCUGUCCAACGUGGAUCUCCUAGAAGAGCUGCCUCUGCCUGACCAGCAGCCCUGUAUUGAGCCCCCACCAUCCUCACUGCUAUACCAGCCAAAUUUCAACACUAACUUUGAAGACAGAAAUGCAUUUGUCACUGGCAUUGCAAGAUACAUCGAACAGGCGACUGUCCAUUCUAGCAUGAAUGAGAUGCUGGAGGAAGGCCAAGAGUAUGCUGUCAUGCUGUACACCUGGAGGAGCUGCUCUCGGGCCAUCCCACAGGUGAAAUGUAAUGAGCAGCCUAACAGAGUGGAAAUUUAUGAGAAAACUGUGGAGGUCCUCGAGCCUGAGGUCACAAAACUGAUGAAUUUUAUGUACUUCCAGAGAAAUGCCAUUGAGCGUUUCUGUGGGGAGGUGAGGCGCCUGUGCCACACGGAGAGGAGGAAGGACUUUGUGUCUGAGGCCUACCUGAUCACACUGGGCAAGUUCAUCAACAUGUUUGCUGUGCUGGAUGAGCUGAAGAACAUGAAGUGCAGUGUGAAGAACGACCACUCAGCAUACAAGAGGGCUGCUCAGUUUUUGCGGAAAAUGGCGGACCCACAGUCCAUCCAGGAAUCUCAGAAUCUGUCCAUGUUCCUGGCCAACCACAACAAGAUCACACAAUCUCUGCAGCAACAGCUCGAAGUGAUUUCUGGCUAUGAAGAGCUCCUCGCUGACAUCGUGAAUCUGUGUGUGGAUUACUAUGAGAACAGGAUGUACUUGACACCCAGUGAAAAACACAUGCUUCUCAAAGUCAUGGGGUUUGGUCUGUACUUGAUGGAUGGGAGUGUCAGCAACAUCUAUAAACUAGAUGCCAAGAAAAGGAUAAACUUAUCCAAGAUUGACAAGUACUUCAAGCAGCUCCAGGUGGUUCCACUGUUUGGGGACAUGCAAAUAGAACUGGCAAGAUACAUCAAGACCAGCACGCACUAUGAGGAAAAUAAAUCUCGAUGGACGUGCACAUCUUCCAGUAGCAGCCCGCAGUACAACAUCUGUGAGCAGAUGAUCCAGAUCCGGGAGGACCACAUGCGCUUCAUCUCAGAGCUGGCACGCUAUAGCAACAGUGAGGUUGUCACAGGGUCUGGCCGCCAGGAGGCUCAGAAGACAGAUGCUGAGUACCGGAAGCUCUUCGACUUGGCACUGCAGGGCCUGCAGUUGCUGUCUCAGUGGAGCGCCCAUGUGAUGGAAGUGUAUUCAUGGAAACUUGUGCACCCGACGGAUAAGUACUCCAACAAGGACUGCCCUGACAACGCUGAGGAGUACGAGCGCGCCACCCGCUACAACUACACCAGUGAGGAGAAGUUCGCCCUCGUGGAGGUUAUCGCCAUGAUCAAAGGCUUGCAGGUGCUGAUGGGCAGGAUGGAGAGCGUGUUCAACCAUGCCAUCCGGCACACUGUCUACGCCGCGCUGCAGGACUUCUCCCAGGUCACCCUCAGGGAGCCCCUCAGGCAGGCCAUCAAAAAGAAGAAGAAUGUCAUCCAGAGUGUCCUGCAGGCUAUCAGGAAGACUGUGUGUGACUGGGAGCAGGGUCACGAGCCCUUCAACGACCCAGCCCUGCGGGGCGAGAAGGACCCCAAGAGCGGCUUCGACAUCAAAGUGCCCCGGCGAGCUGUGGGACCCUCCAGCACACAGCUCUACUUGGUGCGCACCAUGGCUGAGUCCUUGAGCUCUGCCGAGCUGCUGAGGCAGCUCAAGUCUCUGGGCAUGGAAAGGCUCUUGCAUGUAGUAAACGCGUUUCUGAGGCAGUCCUACACCUAUCCGCCUCUUUUAACCUUUGGUGGUAAGACUUCCUUUGUUUUCUUGGAUGUUUACAGCACAGAGGUGAACUUCUCUGCUACCAGUUCUUUCUCCCAAGCAUCAGCAACUUGGCCACUUGGAUGGGCACCCAGACCCCCUUUGAGGAGCCGGCUAGCAGCGGGCUGCCCACUCCAGCCCGCUGGUCAGAGCAUGGCAGAGCAGUCCUUCUCUCGUGGUUUACCUGAGUUUGGCGUAAAAUGUGUAUUUUCUCCCCUACAAAUGUUUCCUUGGAUGAUGCAGCUUUAUAUGGUGAGAACCAUGCUAGAGUCCCUCAUUGCAGACAAAAGUGGUUCCAAGAAAACCCUGAGAAGUAGCCUUGAGGGGCCCACCAUAUUGGACAUAGAAAAAUUUCAUCGAGAGUCAUUCUUCUACACUCACUUGAUAAAUUUCAGUGAAACACUCCAGCAGUGCUGUGACCUUUCACAGUUGUGGUUCCGAGAGUUCUUCCUGGAGCUGACGAUGGGCAGGAGGAUCCAGUUCCCCAUUGAGAUGUCCAUGCCUUGGAUCCUGACGGACCACAUCCUGGAGACCAAGGAGGCAUCAAUGAUGGAGUACGUCCUCUACUCCCUGGACCUGUACAAUGACAGUGCCCACUACGCCCUCACCAGGUUCAACAAGCAGUUUCUCUACGACGAAAUUGAGGCAGAGGUGAAUCUGUGCUUUGACCAAUUUGUUUACAAGCUGGCAGACCAGAUAUUUGCAUAUUAUAAGAUCAUGGCUGGAAGCUUGCUUCUUGAUAAACGGUUACGAUCAGAAUGCAAGAAUCAGGGGGCGACAAUCCAUCUCCCGCCAUCUAACCGCUAUGAGACGCUCCUCAAGCAGAGGCACGUGCAGCUCCUGGGCAGGUCCAUAGACCUCAAUCGUCUGAUUACUCAGCGUGUCUCCGCAGCCAUGUAUAAGUCUCUGGAACUGGCAAUUGGACGCUUUGAGAGUGAGGACCUGACAUCAAUAGUGGAGCUGGACGGCCUCUUGGAAAUCAACCGCAUGACCCACAAGCUGCUCAGCAGGUACCUGACACUGGACAGCUUUGACGCCAUGUUCCGGGAGGCCAACCACAACGUGUCGGCACCUUACGGGAGAAUCACCCUCCAUGUCUUCUGGGAACUCAACUAUGACUUCCUGCCCAACUACUGCUACAAUGGCUCUACCAACCGGAUACUCAGGCCCUCCUGGUCUCGUCCAUUUUGCAUGUGCAUCCCUGGGCUAGCCGUUGGGCGUCUGGUCGUGGCUUUGCAGUGGAGACUGCAUGGACUCUGGAGAUUUCAUCAGACACUUAUGUUCUCUAUCCCCCAGGCUUUGAACUUGGCCUACUCUAGCAUUUACGGCAGCUACCGGAACUUUGUGGGACCUCCGCACUUCCAGGUCAUCUGCCGGCUGCUUGGAUACCAGGGCAUUGCAGUGGUCAUGGAGGAGCUGCUGAAGGUUGUCAAGAGCCUGCUGCAAGGCACGAUCCUGCAGUAUGUGAAGACGCUGAUGGAGGUGAUGCCCAAGAUCUGCCGCCUGCCCCGGCAUGAAGUACGGCUCUCCCCGGUGAGCAUGGUGCCUCCCUGGCGGGCAUGGUGGCAGUGUCAGAGAAUGUUUUGUGGCUUGCAGAGGUCUCCUGGCUGUGAAGCCCAGGCUGGACCCUGUGCCCUGCCGAGGCUCAGCCCCUCCAACCUCUCCCAACCCCACCACUCACUCUCUGCCACUGCAGGCAUCCUGGAGUUCUUCCACCACCAGUUGAAGGACAUCGUUGAGUAUGCAGAGCUGAAGACGGUGUGCUUCCAGAACCUGCGGGAGGUGGGCAACGCUGUCCUCUUCUGCCUGCUCAUCGAGCAGAGCCUGUCUUUAGAAGAAGCAUGUGACCUGUUGCAUGCAGCACCCUUUCAGAACAUUCUCCCAAGAGUCCACGUGAAAGAGGGGGAGAGACUUGAUGCCAAAAUGAAAAGACUAGAAUCAAAAUAUGCCCCGCUGCAUCUCGUCCCUCUGAUUGAGAGACUGGGGACCCCUCAGCAAAUUGCAAUUGCAAGAGAGGGGGACUUGCUGACAAAGGAGCGUCUCUGCUGUGGCCUGUCUAUGUUUGAAGUCAUCCUGACUCGGAUCCGGACCUUUCUGGAUGACCCCAUCUGGCGUGGGCCUCUGCCCAGCAAUGGAGUCAUGCAUGUGGAUGAGUGUGUUGAGUUUCACAGACUGUGGAGCGCCAUGCAGUUUGUCUACUGCAUUCCCGUCGGAACACACGAGUUUACGGUCGAGCAGUGUUUUGGUGAUGGGCUCCACUGGGCUGGCUGUAUGAUCAUUGUACUUCUUGGGCAACAGCGGCGCUUUGCUGUACUGGAUUUCUGCUACCAUCUACUUAAAGUCCAGAAACAUGAUGGCAAAGAUGAGAUUAUCAAAAACGUGCCUUUAAAGAAGAUGGUAGAAAGAAUUCGCAAGUUCCAGAUUCUAAAUGAUGAGAUAAUCACUAUCUUGGACAAGUACUUGAAGUCAGGUGAUGGAGAGAGCACACCUGUGGAGCACGUUCGUUGCUUUCAGCCACCUAUCCACCAGUCCCUGGCCAGCAGCUGAGGGCAUGUAUCUCACCUGUUUUUGAAGAGUCUCAGUGCUGACUGCAUUUAAUAACUAUAAGGGCAUGUUUCUCUUUCUAUACCCUAUUUAGUAAGAUUUUUAGGGACUAUUUUUCAGUAUCUCUGUACCUGUUAAAGGGGGUGCUUUUCAAUCCAAAAGCUUAAUUUUAUAAAAUUGACUUAUUUUUCUAGAGUAAAAUUGUAUAUGCUUUUGAUAAUUAGAAAGUCUGAGGAUAUUGGUUGCUGAUUGUUGCCAUCAUGUUCUUACAAAAUUAUUUUCCAUUUUUCUGUCGAAUGUUCCAACAGCUAGCUAAGUCAUAAAGUGCUGCUGAGUUCAUCCAUUUAUCCCUUAGCAAAGGAUCAGUAAUGUUUAGGGAAAGGUUUAUGGACUUAAGCAAGAAACUUAAUACCAGCUAAUUGUAAUAAAAUCUGUUACUGAUUAGAAUUAAAUUUAAUAGUUAAUUAUUUAGCUUUUAUUUAGGGCUUUUUCUGAUGGUCUUUUAUGAAUAACCUUUUCUAAGUCAUUGUUCUCUCCCCCUUUUUGGUGUCAGUGUUACAGAACAUAGUUAACUUGAUUCCUCUGCUUCUAAAUGCAGUUGUGACAAAACCUGAUUUGUGAAUUAUAACUUAAAUGUUACAGAAAUAAAACUAAUGAAACCUA